GAAUAAUUCAAUCUUAUAAUAAACAAGCCUUACCCGACAAACUUCGUUCUGCUUUUAUUUUUGUUUGUUGACGUUUUAAACUUUUCUGCUUCUUCAGCCUCCUGUGAUCUAAAUUUGAUUUUACGUAAGUUUUCCCAAACAAUCUGCAGAUUUUUCGGAAUCGGUUUCAGAGUGGCCAAAGUUGUAACUUUUUGGCGUAAGAACCUUCCUUGGACUUAUACGAACCCAACGCAACAAAGAGCAACUCGAUUCGACGUUCCGUGUUGAAUUGAUUCGCGUUCGAACAAAACCGUCGAAAUUUUUAUAUAUAUAGAAGAUACUCAUUUAAUAAUUUAUUACAUAUUCAAUCCUGCAACCCAUAAUUCAUACACAAAGAAAUGCUUGUCUUCAAUGAGUCUUUAAGAUAAUUUAAAUAAAAUUUGCAUAUGUAAUUAACACGACAUGCACCUCAAUACAAUGUAGUUCAUUGCUGUGCAGAAUUCUGCAAGACGGUUCAACUAAAUGUGCAUGAUCUCAGUUCCGUCCGAACCCAUUUCCAAGAAGCAUUGCGAAAUGAAGUUCGUGCCGUUGAGCCUUCUUUUCGGAAUCAUCAUCCAAUUCAGCACCACGAAUCUUUAUGCAACAAACGGUACCACCGGAACGGGUCGUUUCCUAAUCUUUCCGCAAACAUCACCCACUCGCCACCAGCUGAUAGCCGGAAUCGGCAUCCCGCUGGGAAUUCCCGUGUCCGUAACGACCGGGUGGGUCAUCAAGGCGCAGUACUUCCUGCCGUACAACGUGAACGAUCUCAAACCGGUCAGGUGGCCAGGCUGGAACGGUGCGGUUGAGAAACGACAAGCUGAUGGAGUUCACUUCGAGCAUUACGAGGUCAAUGAGGUGAAUAUUGAGACGGAGAAUCUAUCGGAUGAGGAUGAUGACGAGUUCGAGGAUGGAGAUGACAACUACUGGUUGGACGAUGAGGAAGUCGAGCGGUUCCAGGAAGCUGAUCAGCAGUUCCCACCAAACGAGUCGAAUGCCAAAGGGGUUGAAGGCUACAACGCUGAACAGUCCCGUUGGAUCACGUACAAGACGUUGGAGCAGAUUGGGGAACAGUACGGCGCGGGAGGUCGUCCCUGUGUUUUGCGGAGUAUUUGCGAAGCUGCUGGAACUGAAUUUUCAAUCACCGGAGGAGUUUUUGCAGAACUUUUGCACGUUAUUUUCUCUCCAUCAACCACAACGGAACAACUUUCUGAGCACAGCGACAACGAGUACUACCGGGCGGAACAGCUUGGCAAAGAGGGAGCCCCGUGCGAGCGGAUAUUUCACGAGUGUGAACGAUCAAUUUUGGAAUUGUUUACAAAAGUACUUGACUUUUAG